AUGGGAACUUCUCCAGAGAUCGGCCUCCUUACCGCCUUGACUCGGAAGAGGAUCUCCAAGAAUACAGCUCCCAUCGAGAAUGCGGCUAAAGACGAGAAGAAAAGGAGUGAUCAAAUAUGCUCUCCCACAGGUAUGCGGCCACAGACUGUGAAUGGUCCCAUGCAUCCACGUCCACUGGUUGCUCUGCUGGAUGGAAGGGACUGCACAGUGGAGAUGCCAAUCCUCAAAGACCUGGCUACAGUGGCAUUCUGCGAUGCCCAGUCCACACAGGAGAUCCACGAAAAGGUUUUGAAUGAAGCAGUGGGUGCCAUGAUGUAUCACACCAUUACCCUGACACGUGAAGACCUGGAAAAGUUCAAAUCUCUUCGGGUCAUAGUGCGAAUAGGCAGUGGAUAUGACAACAUUGACAUCAAGGCAGCUGGAGAUAUGGGGGUGGCCGUGUGUAACAUUCCUUCAGCAGCUGUGGAGGAGACAGCAGAUUCAACUAUUUGCCACAUCCUUAAUCUUUACCGAAGGAACACGUGGCUUUAUCAGGCACUGCGGGAUGGGACACGGGUGCAAAGUGUGGAGCAGAUCAGGGAGGUGGCUUCAGGUGCAGCCCGGGUGCGUGGGGAGACCCUUGGCCUCCUAGGAUUUGGACGUGUCGGUCAGGCGGUGGCUGUAAGAGCAAAGGUAUUCGGAUUCAACAUUAUCUUUUAUGACCCGUACCUUCAGGACGGCACCGAGCGCUCACUAGGGGUGCAGAGAGUCUAUACAUUGCAGGACUUGCUCUACCAAAGUGACUGUGUUUCUCUGCACUGCAGCCUUAACGAGCAUAACCACCACCUCAUUAACGACUUCACAAUCAAACAGAUGAGGCAAGGAGCCUUCCUGGUAAACACAGCAAGAGGCGGCCUUGUGGAUGAGAAAGCACUAGCACAAGCUCUGAAGGAGGGCAGAAUACGAGGAGCCGCUCUGGAUGUGCAUGAAUCUGAACCUUUUCUGUUUGCUCAGGGUGCUCUGAAAGAAGACCCAAAUCUUAUCUGCACCCCGCACACUGCAUGGUACAGUGAGCAGGCAUCCCUGGAAAUGAGGGAAGCUGCUGCUACUGAAAUGCGUCGAGCUGUCACAGGUCGCAUUCCAGAUAGUCUCAGAAACUGUGUGAACAAGGAAUUUUUAGUGGCAUCCGCCCAGUGGCCUACGCUGGAACAACAAGGAGCCAAUGUAGAGCUUAAUGGAGCCACCUACAGAUCUGUGUGUGUCCAGCCAUUGCAGGGAGAGAAGCGCUGAAUAUCAACUACAAUCUCAGAUUCCCCACUGGUGUCCAUCACAUCAGCCAGCAAACCCACCGUCUGAGCAGAGAUAUUUCCACUUUCCAUAACCUUCCCCGGGGAACCUGCCUGACCAGCAAUUAACAAUGAGUGCUGCACUUAAGCAAUAGAAGGAAGAAAAUAAAAAUGAAAGGCAAUGAAAAGGCAUUUGAAAGUGGAUUUGCGUGCUCAACUUUGGACAAAAAGAAAAGCUGAAUAACCAGCCAUGAAAACCGAUAUUUAAACGUCAUGAAGAAUGCAAAGCCACCUUUAGUUUAGGUCUGGCUGGUUGACACUUCUGCAAAUACAAGCACAUUUCCCAGAGCCGGGGCUCACCAUCAUUCUAAUAUGGACCUGUGAGAUUACCAUACAGAAACCUCAUUGAUGGGGGAGGGGCAACCCAAAAAAUUAUGAUCUCAUGACAAGUAAAAAAUGAUUCUGGUUGCUUGUGAAAACAUGGAUCAUACUAGAACAUUCGCCUGAUCAUUAUUAAAAGCUCAGUCAUUCUAUCUUCCAGUGGAAAAGAAAAUUGUUAUAUUUCAUCUUACUUGUCCUCUACCUUGUAAACAAAUGGCGUAGGGAUACUUAAUGUGUUUGUUUGUCCAGUUCAAAUGGCUCAGGAAAAUCUGA